GCUAAAUUUCAAAAAAAAAAAAACGCAGAAUAUUUGUUAAAGCAUUAUGGUGUGAAUCUUGAACCUCAUCUUUUAUAGUUCUUAUCUAGUUUUGUUUUGUAAGCAUCAAUGGGGGCACCCAUGUCUUCUUUGUUCUUCCUCCUCCUCCUUCUACUUCUACUCCCCCCUUCUUUAUCAAUGGCAUCAAAGCCACCACCACCAACCCCAUCAGAGUGGCCACUCCAAUUCCACUCCCUCAUAUGGUACAACAGAACCGGUGUCCUCCAGAAGGUGGAGCUAUGGUACGACUUCAUAAAUGGCAGAAACUUGAACAUCAUCGAAGAACAACUCACGAAUCAUGUGUUGUACGAUGUUGAGUGGGACAAUGGCACCUCCUUCUACUACACUCUUGAUCCUUAUCAGAGGGAGUGUGAUGUGAAGCAUUUUCCUGUUGGGAUUCUGAGGCCAAAUUGGCUUCAUGGUGCUACUUAUUUGGGUCAGAGGAUGGUUGAUAACUUUCUUUGCAAUGUUUGGGAGAAGGUUCAUUUCAUUCGCUAUUAUGAGCAUGUUGCAACUAAAAGGCCUGUUAAGUGGGUCUUCUUUGAAGGUACAUUGCUAUUACCACAAUUCAUGUUUGCUUUGGAUUUUAAUAAUUCUCAGAUAUUGAUUUCAUGGGUAUAAUCUAAAAUGUUAAAC